UUUGUCGAGAAAAGAGAGAGAGAGAGAGAGAGAGAGAGAGCAAGAGAACAAUAUGGAUAUGGAGGCUGCUUAUGGAGGUAAUUCAGUCAAGAAGGAAGAUCAGGAGAAGAAAGCUGAAUCAAUUGGUGAUGAAGAUUGUUGUACAGAAGAGGUUCUCCAUAAGGUUGGAAAUGGAAGAAGAGCUCAGGACGAUAAAAUAAAUCAAUCCUCGCCAAAUCGAAAGGAUUUUACAAGUAGCAUACAGGGCUCUUUCAUGCCUAACAUGGAAAUGUCAUCCUCAGAAUUCAACUCAAAUGUAUCUUCUUCAGCCCUAGCGGGGCGGGCUGAUCUUCUAAAGUCAACAAAAGCUGAAAUGGGAGAAGUGAUGGAAGAAAAUCAAAAGCUGAGAAUGCACUUAGAUCGAGUGAUGAAGGAGUAUCGGGCCCUUCAGAUGCAGUUCCACGACAUGGUUCAGCAAGAACCAAACAAAUCUAGUAGUACAAUAAGCACUCAUCGAGAAACUGGAGAACCAGAGCUAGUCUCCCUAAGUCUGGGAAUGAGUUCGAGUGAUGGGAAGAAAGACGAUUAUUUUUCCAGAAAAACCCAUGGGAAAGAAAAGGUUGAUAACGAUGCUGAUGAUAAAGAAGUGUUGGCUCUUGGAUUGGACUGCAAGUUUGAAUUGCCAAAAUAUCAAGAAAAUGAGCCUUCACCUACUCCCAGCCUGGAGGCUAGCUCAGGAGAAGUUAAGGAAGAAGAAGGUGGUAAAACAUGGCCACCAAAAAAUAGCCUCAAGAAUGUAAGAAAUGAAGAAGAUGAGGUUUCCCAACAAACCUCUGUCAAAAGAGCUAGGGUUUCUGUGAGAGUCCGAUGUGACACCCCAACGAUGAACGAUGGAUGUCAAUGGAGGAAAUAUGGGCAGAAGACUGCAAAAGGAAAUCCAUGCCCUAGAGCUUAUUAUCGUUGUACAGUUGCCCCCAACUGCCCAGUAAGAAAGCAGGUGCAAAGAUAUGCUGAGGACAUGUCCAUUUUGACAACCACAUAUGAAGGAACACACAACCAUCCACUUCCCAUCUCUGCCACAGCAAUGGCUUCCACCACUUCGGCUGCCGCUUCCAUGCUAAUCUCCGGCUCGACAACCUCCACUUCCGGCCUAUCUCCUUCCGUAGCCUCGAUUUUGUCCUCCGCUAGCUUCAAUGGACUAAACUUUUACCUCUCAGAUAAUACAAAGCCAACGCCAAUUUACCUGCCAAAUUCUUCACUCUCAUCAUCAUCUUCAUGUCCAACAAUCACCCUAGACCUCACUACGAGCUCAAAUGCUUCAUCCCAUCCAAGCAAACUAGGCAGUUUUCCUCCUAGAUCAUAUUCUACAAUACAGAAUCUCAACUUCAGCUCACUUGAAUCCAAUGCAUUACCUCUCUCAUGGAGCAAUGGGGUCCUUGGCUAUGGAACUCAAGCUCAACCCUACAACAAAAACCAAAAUAUUGGUUCCCUAAACUUCGGAAGACAGCUUCAAGAAGCCCAUUAUCAAUCUUAUUUACAAAAGAACAAUUCUAUAUCGAACUCUUCUACACAGCAAUCUCUACCAGCAGAAACCCUUGCUGCUGCAACUAAAGCAAUCACGUCAGACCCUAGCUUCCAAUCUGCAUUAGCAGCUGCUCUCACGUCCAUCAUUGGCCCCGGUACCAGUAGCACAGCCAGAGUUGUAGGAAGCCAGACUGCAGCAGAUGAAUCCGGCCAUAACUUGAAGCUGAUUGAUCAGUCAUUUCCUAUUCUUUCUAGCUUCCCACCAUCCACUUCAACUGUCAAUAAAUGUGCUUCAACCUUUCUCAGUUCUUCCAACCCACCAUCUUCAGCGAAUUCUCAGCCUGGAAGCUUGAUGUUUUUAUCACCUUCAUUGUCAUUCCCUACUCCCAACAACAACUCUACAUCCAAUGAAUAAAGCAGAAAACUACCAAAAGGAGGGACUUUAUGGAAAAUAUGGAGACUUCUAAGGGCUUCAAUGCUUGGGUCCUUGAAUUUGUGGGGAUCACAAGCUAGUGGAAGGCAUCUAGUCAUUUGGACUCUAAAAAGAAAGCUACGGAAGGAGACUUGGGGCAAGAAGUACUUUGAAGGCUUUGUCCACAUGUGUGGGGACCACGUAGAGAACCUUGAGUUAUCUUUCUUUUGUGGCUUAAAUAGGGAUAACGUAGAGUAGCAGAGGGAUAUCUCUGGUUUGAGUCUUUUAGUGUAGCUUUACUUUUUCCUUCUUUUGACUGGCCUCUGGCACACGCCAGGUGUUCGACAAAAUUCCCCAACGGGAAAAACACCUUUUAUUCCUUGCUUCUUAAUAGAAAACGCUAUGCCUUUGCAAUCCA